AUGGUUCCCCCGCCUGGAUGGUUCUACCACCUGGAUGGUUCCACCGCCUGGAUGGUUCCCCCGCCUGGAUGGUUCCACUGCCUGGAUGGUUCCCCUGUGCCUGGAUGGUUCCCCCCGCCUGGAUGGUUCCCCCGCCUGGUUGGUUCCCCCCCCUGGAUGGUUCCACCGCCUGGAUGGUUCCACCGCCUGGAUGGUUCCCCCGCUGCAUGGUUCCCCCGACUGGAUGGUCCCCCCGCCUGGAUGGUUCCACUGCCUGGAUGGUUCCCCCGCCUGGAUGGUUCCACCGCCUGCAUGGUUCCCCGACUGGAUGGUCCCCCCGCCUGGAUGAUUCCCCCGCCUGGAUGGUUCCACCGCCUGCAUGGUUUCCCCGACUGGAUGGUCCCCCCGCCUGGAUGGUUCCACUGCCUGGAUGCUUCCCCCGCCUGGAUGGUUCCACCGCCUGCAUGGUUUCCCCGACUGGAUGGUCCCCCCGCCUGGAUGGUUCCACCGCCUGGAUGGUUCCCCCGCCUGGAUGAUUCCACCGCCUGGAUGGUCCCCCCCCGCCUGGAUGGUUUCCCCGCCUGGAUGGUUCCACCGCCUGGAUGGUUCCACCGCCUGGAUGGUUCCCCCGCCUGGAUGGUUCCACCGCCUGCAUGGUUCCCCCGACUGGAUGGUCCCCCCGCCUGGAUGGUUCCACUGCCUGGAUGGUUCCCCCCGCCUGUAUGGUUCCACUGCCUGGAUGGUUCCCCCCGCCUGGAUGGUUCCCCCGCCUGGAUGGUUCCCCCGACUGGAUGGUCCCCCCCGCCUGGAUGGUUCCCCCGCCUGGAUGGUUCCCCUGCCUGGAUGGUUCCACCGCCUGGAUGGUUCCCCCACCUGGGUGGUUCCCCCUGCCUGGAUGGUUCCCCCUGCCUGGAUGGUUCCCCCGCCUGGAUGGUUCCCCCGCCUGGAUGGUUCCCCCUGCCUGGAUGGUUCCCCCCACCUGGAUGGUUCCCCCGCCUGGAUGGUUCCCCCUGCCUGGAUGGUUCCCCCCACCUGGAUGGUUCCCCCGCCUGGAUGGUUCCCCCGCCUGGAUGGUUCUACCACCUGGAUGGUUCCACCGCCUGGAUGGUUCCCCCGCCUGGAUGGUUCCACUGCCUGGAUGGUUCCCCUGUGCCUGGAUGGUUCCCCCCGCCUGGAUGGUUCCCCCGCCUGGAUGGUUCCCCCACCUGGAUGGUUCCACCGCCUGGAUGGUUCCACCGCCUGGAUGGUUCCCCCGCCUGCAUGGUUCCCCCGACUGGAUGGUCCCCCCGCCUGGAUGGUUCCACUGCCUGGAUGGUUCCCCCGCCUGGAUGGUUCCACCGCCUGCAUGGUUCCCCCGACUGGAUGGUCCCCCCGCCUGGAUGA